CCGGGGUUUCACGCGCAUGCGUGCUAAACACUGCCAACUUGAAACUAAGCGAGGGAAAACCAAAGUGGACUCGGCGCUAGCUACAUCAGUAUCAUGCCUUUCCAUGCUCUGGUGGAUGGGGCAAGUCCAGGUGUUCAAGUGCCGCUACACCUGACCAGGAUUCCCAUCAAUCUCAUCAGCACCAGCUCAGAUUUGGCAAAUGCACUAGUUAAGGGAAAGGUUGUCCGUAAAGGACCUCUAGUCUCAGUUGCACCUAAUGACUUCAUCCUGAAAGCUGUCAUUCAAGAAGAAGACUCCCAGCCACACAUUUCGACCCAGAUCCCUGCCAUCAACAUUGUUGUUUUUGGAGAACUGGCGAGGGAUUUCAGUCAGUGUGUCAGCCCUGGGGAUGUGGUGAUGGCCUCUGGCUUCACUGUCAGCAAAUCUCCCACAGCUAGUAAGGACAAGCUUCACCACUUUAACCUGCUGCUGUCAGAGAAAGAUGCCAAUAUCUACUGUUUUUGCCAGAAUCCAUCUAUUUAUCCCAGAUCUGCAGUGGCCAGGAAAGAUAGCUGCACGGUUUCUGCUCAGAUUGUAAAUAGGACCAAGGCUCCAAGAUACACAUACACUCCCCUGGGUGACCUGAAAGCUGGAUCAGUGGUCAAUGUGUAUGGUGUAGUAGUGUUCUUCAAACAGCCUUUCAAGUCCCACGGAACAGACUUCUGCUCCAGCCUGAAGAUCACCGAUAAGUCCAACCACAGCAUUGGCUGCACCAUCUUCUGUGAAAAGCUGGAGGAACAUCCCAAAAUCUUUCAGAAUGGAGACAUUGUUCGGAUGCACAGGGUCAAGGUUCAGCUCUUUAACAACACCAUCACACUGGUCAACACAUUUGGUUUCUCUGUGGUAACAUUUGAUGGGAAACCGAGUGGAAGUGUGGAGCCUCGGACAUCCAGCCGGACCGUCCACUUUGAUGAGGAGGACCGGCGAAGAGUGGAGGAGUUGCAGACAUGGAUUUCCAGUCAGAACAUCCUUCUCCCAUUGACAAACUCGGUCUCUUUGUCUGCUGUUCAGCCUAAAGCAUACUUUGACUUAACCUGCCAGCUGCUGGCUAAAGCCCCCGUUGACAGCACCUGCAGUCUACUGAGGGUUUGGGAUGGGACCAGGUGUCCUAACACUUUUCUGAAGGUAGAUGUUGAUCCCAACGACGUGGAGGGGCCAACCACCUUUUCUAGGGAGAAAGAGAGCUUCAUUGCCAAUGUUCUUGUGUAUGACAACCACUCGGAGUUUGCCAAGCAGCUCAAGCCCGGUGCUUUUCUGAGGAUCUACAACCUCCGAGCUAUUCCAGUAACCAGUAAAGAGUGUAGCGUUACCGGAAGCCAAUCGGAGGAGGUUGAACACAUAGUUUUUCAUCUGCAUGGAGGCACAUCAUAUGGCAGAGGAAUCCGAGUUCUUCCAGAAAACAGCCCUGAUGUUCAGAUGCUGAAGAGAGCUAUUGCAUUUCUCACAGAAGAUGUUGGGAACUGUGCCAGUGAGCUGAACGAUUCAGAGCUUCUUGAGGUCUGGAGCACUCCACCAGAGUCUUUGGAUGACGAAGCUGUAGAGUGUAGCACAAGUAAGAAAUGUAGCAGCACAGCAGAGGGAAGCUGCAGACUCCAACUGCAACGAGUGACGCUGUCAGAGCUAAAGCAGAGCCCUCCUGGCCAGGCUUACCAUGUCCGAGCACAACUCAGAUCCUACGAGCCUAGCAAACUCCACCAGGCUCUAAAACUCUUCUGCAGCAAGUGUUCAUCAAUUCAAGAAAUUCCAGAUGAUGAACGGGUGGCAAGCAUCUUUUCUGAGGCAUGCAAAAACUCUGAAGACUGCAGUCUGCCGCCAUGGGCACUGUCUGGAAGUAUCAAGCUUCCUCUACCGCCUUCAGGGGCCCCACAACGAACUCUCAGGGUCCAUCUGUCCACUCAGCUCAAGGCAGAGGGCAAGGCAAAUGAGCUUCUCUUUAUCACGGGUACAACUCUAGAAGAAACAUGUCGCCUAGCAACAGGCUACAAGAACAUUGUUCCUGUUACAUCUUCAAAAAGUGGCCUGGUGUUGAUGGAUCUGUCUGCACCUUUCUUGUUCAGAGGACCGAGGAGAUUUUAUGGAUGCAAGCAGUGCUCUGAGGCCACAGUGAGAGAGCUGCCCUCACGGGGAGACAAGCUGCUGGAUGAGAAGAUCAUUGCAGAGGCCCUGGGGGUUCAAUUGCUGCAGUUCGUAUUGUUGAUGAAACUACAGCUCCAGGAUGCGACCGACACACUGGACGUCUUUCUGUGGAAACACGCUGAGGUGUUCCUGGGUGUGUCGGCCGAGGACGUGGCAAUCAGUCAACGGGCACAGAACUGUGUGCAUGAAACUUUGGAGUCGCUUUGUCCAACAGAGGGAACGCUAGGUCUCCGACCGUGGCUGGACUUGACUCUGAUGUCAUACAGGGGAGAAGGGGAAGAGGGCCAGAUGCAGACCUACUAUCAGAUCUGCAGCUCCCCAUCACAAGACCCUGAUCUGCAGUCACAAGAUGCAUGAAUUAACUCGUCCAUCCUAGUAGGCAAGUUCUGUAGUUCCUUAAGCGACUUUUUUAAACUCAUCUUUCAUAUUUGUAUUUGUUUCAUUGUAAUGAUAUUAGAGGCUUACAUAAGACAUUCUGAUAGAUCUCUAAAACAAUCUUUCUGGAUAGAGUUUUACAAACACUAUUCACAAUAAAUGAAGUAAAUUGUGAAAAACCCAGUGGAUGCCAUGUACACUGUUUGUUUCACUUCACAGAUUUUCUGGAUAGGGGGGUAAUUGUAUUGGGGUGAUAGACACGCCUCAUUUUGUGUUUUUAACAUAAUGGUCUCACUGUGUACAGUGUGGCUUACUUCUUGUAGCCAAAAUCAAAAAAUUCUAAAAGAAAAACUUUUCUAAUGCAGAAUCAAUGUUAACAUUCAAGCUGAUUUUGCCAGUAAGUCAUUCCAAGUUCAUUAUUCAAACUGCCAUGGACACACGGCAUUGCUUAAUGGACAAGCAGCACCAUCUGGCCAGAGCGCGCCUUUGAGUUGAUACUAAUAAUAAUAGCCAUCAGGGAUUAGAUUUAUCUGCGCUUUUCCAGAUGUUCAAAGUUCUAUCAAUGUGUCCAUUAAUCGUUCAUACAUGUACUUGGUGAUGGUAAGCUACUGUUGUAGCCACAGCUGCCCUGGGGCAGACUGACAGAUCAUGCCAGUACGCACGUACGGUCCUUCUGACCAUUACCGGGACAUUCAUACACACUCACACAUCAGUGAAGCAAAACACUGGAGGCAGGGAGGGGAAGUGUCUUGCCCAAGGACACAACGCCAGUUUACUGGGGAGAUUGGGGAACGAACCGCCGAUCCUUCCAUCAUCGGCCGACCUGUGUAACCACGUGAGCCACUGCCACCCAGUAGGCAUUCAGAUGUUGCAGGUGACCUUGGUGAGUUUUAAAGUGUCAUCAGGAGACUUGCAUUAAGACAAAGAACUACCGGCAGAGUUUGGGACAGAAACGGGACUGGAGUGACAGACUGCAACAAUGACUAGAACCUAACGACUAGUCAUCAUUGUUCAAAAUGUCACACAGCUUCAGGCCCCUUUGCUAAAUGUGAGGGGUAGUGGGGUUUCCACGCAAACAAUUCGCAACCAACUCCACUGCCCUGAUUUGAAUGCCAGACAACAGUUGCAGGUGACUCCACGAAACCUGAAUGUUUGCAGUUUGCAGUGCCCACCAUGCAGCGAUAGUCUGCCGCCACAGGGCUUCUCAAUGUCUUUGUAGUGUAAGGCCAAAUUAAGAACUCGACAUUAGACUGUGGGCCAAUUUUGGUGGAAAAAAAUCGAAUAAUGUGGCUUUUAAUCCCUUUAAUGAACUAGUUUCAUUUGCACAGUUAACAGCGUAAGAACAAAUCAAGCAAGAUUUGUUUUAAUUGAGAAAUAUGAUCAAUUUUGGUAAACAACAUCCCUGUGUGAUGCCUAUUUCAGACUAUAUUGUAAGCAAAAGCUAUUGCCAACAAAUAGUCCCCCUUCGUGGGCAGUGCUUCCUGUCUUCUCAUCAGCAGGGAGGGAUUUUAUUCAGGAGAAUCUUUCAGCUACUGGGGUGCCACAGGAGGAGCUCCAGAAAUACAACAGGAAGAAGGAAAAGAGAGAGUUUUAAAACAAAACCUUAUCAAACAAGUCAUUGUCACUGUCUUCAUCAAUAUCUAUCACUGACAAAUAAAAUCCUCAUUAAGUCACACUGAAAUGUUUUAUUAGUUCAACCUCAUCAUCAUCAUCAUCAUCAUCAUCAUCAGCCUGUCACGCCACUGCUGGCGGGUGGCCUCCACAUCUUACUCCACUCAUCACGGUUUUGGGCACUCUGGGUCCACGUGCUGCCUGCCUUCUGCUCGAUGUCAUCUCUCCAUCUUUUCUUCGGUCUUCCCCUUCCUCUCUUCCUGUCCCACAGAGUCCAUUCUGUUGUUUUCUUAGCCCAUUCGUGGUUCUUCAUUCGGGCUACAUGUCCUGCCCACUUGCCUUUGGCUUCAAUCACUUUCUGGAUGACAUCCUUCACCCCUGUUCUUGAUCAUAAGUCUUCGUUCCUGACCUUAUCUCUCCUCGUAACACCCGGCAUUGAUCGUUCCAUGCUCCUCUGGGUGAUUGCCAGUUUCUCUCUUUGGCGGUUGGUAAGUGACCAUGUCUCAGCUCCAUACGUCAUUGAUGGCGGUAUGACAGUGUUCAUGAUCUUCCUCUUGAGACACAUGGGCAUUUUUUGAUCUCUCAGAAACGUGCUGUACUGUCCGAAUCUCUUCCAAGCGGAUGAUACUCUCUCGUCUAUUUCUUUCGCCAUCUCAUUUCCUGGUGUUAGCAGUCUUCCCAAAUACUUGUACUCAUCCACCUCCUCCAGUUGUUCUCCAUCCACAAUUAUUCCUUUCCUUCUCCUUUUCCUUGCUAUUUCAUUGCAAAUGAUUUUGGUUUUCUUUUUGUUCAUUUUCAUGCCAUCUUUUCUCACUUCCUUGUUCAGAUCGUUGAGCAGCUUGCUGAGAUCCUCUUCCUUUUUCUGCAAAUAAGAUGAUAUCAUCUGCAAAUCUCAGGUUGUUCAUCCUCUCUCCAUUGAUGUUAAUUCCCGCUUCAGUUCAACCUACCUUUUUUUCUUAGAGUGGGAUUUGUGGUGCUGCUUCCGGUUGGUCCUCUGAUGUCUGGCUCCAGCUCAGUUGUUGCAAUGUGAAGAACAUCAUGUAGAUGGCCAUCUGUCAGCCUGGAUCUCAGCGUAGAGUUGUUGAUGGCCAUGGUGGAGAAGGUCUUCUCACAAAUGUGUGUGCUUCAGAAUAAAGAGACCAUCCUGAUGGAUAUGAAGAUGAGGAAAGUCCCUUGCAGAACUCAAUGAGGUUCUUGUCAUCCCUGCUCUGGCUUUGGAGCCCUCCUGCAGGUCGAUGAGCUCAAGCUGCAUCUUUCCAGGCUCUUCUUCAGGGACACAAGAGAAAGGAUUUUGGAAGAGAUCAAAGGACUUCUCAUGGGUCUUAAAGUCAGAGAAGCGGUGCUCAAAAUUCUCCCUGAGUUUUUGUAUCAGGUCAUGUUUUUUUUGUGAACACAGGUUAGGUAAAAUAUCUCUGUCAGUAUCUUCUACCAGGACCUUGCAGGCAAGAAAAUGGGUCAAAUCUCCCUUUUGAAGCUGUCCCUGCAGCAGUUGGAAGUUUUCACUGGAAAGCUUUGAGGUUGUCAAACAUUGUGGAAAUGAGCUUCCCGUGGCUCUGCAGCUUCACAUUAUGAUCACAGAGAAAGCUGUUCAGAUCAGCAUGAAGCGCCAAGCCAUUGUGUGUCACCUAACUGUGUAACAUCUUGGCCUUUUGACUCCAUGAACUCUUUUAUGUCUUUCCUCAGGUUAAAAAAGCGUGUUAGUUGGCACCCCUGCUCAGCCACCUAACGGCAGCGAAGUAAAUGAUGCCACCAAAAUGUGCCUCCGAUUGCUCCAAGAAAGUUUUAAUUGGUGGUGAUUUAGACCUCUGGACUUCAGGAAAUGAACUGUUUUCACAAUAUGCCCAUGACAUGUUUCAUUUCAAGAGUUUGAGCAGCAAGAGCUUCUUGUUGUAGUGUACAUUGAUAGGUGAUGGGUUUCUCACCACCGCUCUUAGCCACCUUCUCAGAGAGCAGUGUCACAGCUCCUGUCUUUCUCUGAUCAUUGCUGGAGCUCCAUCUGUUGUUACACCAACCAUAGGCUGCGGCUUCACAUUGUUUGCAUCCGGACUGCGACACACAGCAUCACAACUAUCAACUCUUGUUCAUUUUUUUUAUACUUUCCAUACUUAGCAGCUUCUCGCUUAUGUCAAUGUUUUCUGUGACUGUCCAAAUAAAAAUGAAGAGCUGUGUCGUG